AUGAACAUCUUUACUAAGGUCCCAGGAUUAGCCCAACAAACCAGCAAGCUGGGGUCUGUGCUCCAACGUGCCUUCUACGGGUCCAGUGGGAGGGUGACCCUUUUCGAGCAGAGGAACUUUGCCGGCAGACGGCUGGAUCUGAGCUCUGACUGUGCCAGGCUCAGUGACAAGAACUUCCCAGAGAGAUGCAACUCUGUGCAGGUGGAGAGCGGAGCAUGGAUCGGUUACGAGCAUGAGAACUUCCGGGGCCGUCAGUACCUGUGGGACAUGUCCGACCGCGGAGAGUACAACUGCUACGACAAGUGGUGCGCCCAGGUGGACCACGUCUCCUCCGUCCGUGCUGUCAAACAGGACAACAAUCCUGGCAGAGCUCAGCUGUUCGAGCGUGCCGGCUUCUCCGGUAAGAAGAUGGAGAUCCAGGACGACAUCCCCAACCUGAUGAGCCGCUACAGCCUCAACAGGGUCGCCUCCAUCCGUGUGCUCGGAGGAGCGUGGGCGGUGUAUCAGGAGCCGAACUACAGAGGACCUCACUACAUCCUGGAGAAGCGCGACUACAACAACUUCUCCGACUGGGGCAGCCAGAACAGCACCGUGGGCUCCAUGCGCAGAGUCCGCUUCAACUAAACACCAAGACCAGAACCAGAACCAGAACCAGAUCUGAUCCACA